UUAAAAAUUAAAAUUGUAAGUCUAGUGUCAAAUUUGCUCAUCAGCCACAUCAGUUCUAUUGUGUGCAGUCUUGGUGUGUGUAUUUGUGUAUUAUACCUGCCUCUCUGCAAGUAUGCAGUGCUAGAGGUCAAUACGCAUUAGCAUUGACUCUUUGCUUUGCUUUGCUGGAUUGGAUAAAACUAUGAAUCUGAUAUUGAUAAGUUCACCUUCAGCAUCUACAUGGAUCUACAUGAUCUAGUGUUGAAGAAUUGAUAAGGUUUUUUUUAUUUCUGUAAUUCUUGUGGUCACAAUGUUAAAUUUGUUUGUCUUUUUCCUUUUAUUUAUCAGUUGCAGCAUCAUGGCUGAUGAAUCACAAGAUGAUGUAGAUGUUACGAGAGACAUCAUAUCACAAUGGAAAACAGAAGCACUACGCGAUUUUCUACGAAGGAGGGGACUCAAGCUCGGAAAUCGAGGUGAUAUGAUAGCGUGGGUUUUCUCUGCCAUGACGCAGGGGAUAGCUAUCCAGCCAUCAGAGGUAGAAAAGACGAGAUCAAGGGCAUCUACAUAUCGCGAGCUCCUCGUCUUCAAUGACCAUACAUUUCCUGAUCCCAUGAGCGAACUGGAUGAUGGAUGGAUUGGGGAGCAGAGAGGCAUGCAAUACUGGCCACCUACAAUGUAUAGGGACAUUUGUAUGUACUUACUUAAUAAGGACCCAGCAUCACUGGAGGGAAGGAUCAUGAAAGAUUACAAAGAAGGGAAGGCCUAUAGCUAUUUCGCCAGUUCCUGGUUGAAGGAGAUAUUUUUUAAUCCCAUGGGAGACAGCCCCUUCUGCUUUUUGAAAUCAAAAUGCACGCCAUCGCAGAACAUCGGAGCAGAGCCCCAUGAAGCUUGGUUACUGUGCCAAAAAGACGAUGGGAUGAUCUGCUCAGCAUACUGUACCUGUGUUGCUGGCUUAGGACAGACAUGCAAUCAUGUAGCUGCCAUGCUCUUCAAACUGGACCAUGCGUUCAAGAGUGGACUAGUCAACCCAGCAUGCACCUCAGUGGCCAAUAGCUGGAUUGCUACAUCAAAGAGGGUAUUACCAUGCCGAGUGAAAGAAGUCAGUUGGGAGAGGCACCACUAUGGUAAAGGAUUAACAUCAAAGCCCCCAAAGCUGGUAACACCAAGUAGUCUUCGCUACUCUGCAACAGAGAAGAGAACAUCAGCAUACGAACAGCGGCAACAACUGGCUGACAUCAUUCGUGCAUCUAUGCCCAGUGCUGUAAUGUUAAGUUAUGUUCAAAGCGAAGACUACAAUCCAGAAGAGGUAAAUAAGGGCUCACCAGAAGAUGACCUCAACACUUCCCAUACACUAGACAUUCCCACUUCACCUCAUCCUAUGUUGCCUCUUUUACAGCUUGCCUCCAUGUACCCAACAUCAACUCAAUUUAUUCAACACCUCCAACAACCAACUUCAACUGACAUCAAUUGUAUCGAAAAAAAAACAAGAGGACAGGCUUCUUCAGACAAUUGGCAUCAUCAGCGAAUUGGUCGCGUAACCUCAUCAAUAAUUCACAGAGCUUACACAAGAGUACAAUCCUUAAAAAAAAAUCCAUUAAUAGACACAUCAAAGCUUCUCCAAUCCAUCAUGAGGACGUCUCCAAUCCAGACAAGACAGAUGCGCCGUGGCAUUGGUAUGGAGCCGAAAGCCAAGGAGGCAUAUAAAAAAAUAAUGAAGGUAAGCCAUACCAAUGUCACUUUCAAAGAGUGCGGGCUUUUCAUCUCUGAGGAGUUGGCUUAUUUAGGAUCAAGUCCGGAUAUGCUUGUCAAGUGUGACUGCCAUGGACAGGGGGUAGUGGAAAUUAAAUGUCCAGACAUUGAAGAAGUUCCUGCUGUUGGGAAGCCAACAUAUAUUCAAGAAUCUGCUGAUGGCACUCCAAUGCUGCAAGAAAAACACAUUUAUAUGAGCCAAGUUAUGAUGCAGAUGGCUGUAACAAAGAGAAAAUGGUGCCAUUUUUUUGUUUACUGCGAACAAGGAAGUGCGUUGCUGAAUAUUCCUUUUGAUGAAACCAUUUGGAAAAAACUUAGGGACAAUGCCAAAUACUUUUGGGAAAGUGUUGUUGCACCACAUAUUCAUGUAUUGUCACAUAUAAAUGCAGCAAGAACACAGGUAGUACCAACAAACGCUGAUCUCCAGACAACAGAACAAACAGCAGAGUCGUCUCAAGUCCUCUCAUCAAAUCGUUCAGGAAGUUCAACCAAGCCAUCACUUUCAUCAACAUCAAAUCAGACACAACCAAGAGAAAAUGACACCAAAAAGAGGAAGAAAAAAACUGGAAAGAUGUUAGUACGUCAGAAAAGUCGACCUGUAUACAUGUGUAGUAUUUGUGACAAUGAGUGUUUGCAACUUCCUGAUGGAUGUACAUUUGAAGACAAUUCCAUUUGUUGUGAUUGCUGCCACAAAUGGUGUCAUUUCGUAUGUGUAAAUAUUCUAGAUAAAGAUGAUGAUCAGCUGAUUGAAGAGAGAUGGUGUUGCCCAAAAUGCACAUGAUGAAUGCAAAUAAAGACCAAGUGAAAGCAUGAUAUAAAGAGAAAGACAAUUUAAUGGAUUUUUUUUUCCAAACAAAUUUUCAACAGCUGUCAUUACAAGAAAUGCUCGUUAGUUUACAGUCAUAUUUCUUAGGAACACUAUAAAAUAAGUUACUAAAACAGUAUGUUUCUUGAGAAACAACAACAGAGCAUAAUAUGAACAUUUAUGAAAAUAAAUCAAUAAGGGUUAUGGCAGUAGUAAUUGCAAAGUGGAAGCUGAAUACAAAGUAAUGUUUAAUAUUUGAACUUCUUGGCAGCUGCAUGGCAUUGGUUGCAUCGAGUAUGGCAAAGCAAUAUGCUGGCAUGUGAUAAUCCAGAGAAUAAAUAUGAUGUUCACAAUAUUGUAUUAUUGUUUACAUAAUUUUAAGUUAUAUAAUACAUACCGGUUUAUGUAGCUUAACAUUCAGUAAUAAAUAUGUGUUCAUGCCAGUUUUUUUCCCUGGUUCAUGCAGUAGACUUAUGCAUGCAUGAACUGAGAUGUUCAUGAAUAAGUCCCAUAAAUAUGUACAUUUAAAGACACAAUUGAUUGUAAAAUUGCCUUUAUAAUUGCAAUUCAUAUCAUAUCAUAUCAUGUGACUAGAUGUGCAAUUCUGAUUGGUUCAAAUGUGCACUCACUAUGGGCGUAAACAAGAGUUGAUUACAGUAUACAUGUUUGUACAAACUGGCAAGUGAAACCUGAGAUUGCUUUUCAUACUUAUGUUUUUUGUCUUCAGUAAUUGUGCUCUGAGGUAACAGUACAAUAAUACUAGUAAUUUACAUUUUAAUAUGUGUAUGUACAUUUGUGAAGUGAAACCUUGACGCACUGUUUUUCAUACUCAAGUUUUUUUUCUCUUCUUAGUCGUCUCAUUGCUCUGAUCUGAUGGCAAUUUAAGCAUUGUAUACAAUGUACAUGUAAAUGCGCAUUAAAAGCAUAAAUAUUUUGGCACCGCCAAGAGCAAGCUGUAUACAAUUAACUUUGACAUAGUUAUACAAAAUAAAAGUACAUGUUUUUAGCUUACUGGCAACUAAUGAUACAAUACUGUUUUAUGGUCAUACCCUGAGAGGACCUUUUAGGUCAUGUUCUGUAUACCGGACUUACCGGUUAUGUAUUUGAAACAAAUUUGCUUUUCAAACAGUUUACCAGUACAACAAUAUGUACAUGCUGUAAGUGAUCAUGUUUUGUACAUUAUAUCUGAAUACAUUUAAACAAUAAAAUAACAAAUAAUGAAAGUGA